AUGACGAAGUCCAAGGAAGGUGCAUUCGAGCUGAUCGAGAAUCUUGCAGCGAGCUCGAGCAACAAGAACGCUGAGUACGACAGAACAGUGAGCACUGUAUCUGUCAAAGGAAGCAGUGCUGACGCGAAGAAGAUUGAGGAGCUCACUGGAAGAACCGUGGUUUCAACUCGAACUACAGAAACCAUCCGAACAUGUCCUACAGGAGCACCAACGUCGAGAACCCUCAGGAUCAGGUCUAUCCGCCUCGAUCGAACCAGAACCAGCAGAGUUAUCAGAAGAGCUAUCCUAACAGCUUCCAGGAGAAGACCUUUUGCCCCAAACCAGAAUCGUUCUCAAGGUAACCAACAGAAGGCGCAGUUCAGCAAUCAGCAACAACCUUCAGGUUCAUCGAACAACUCGAACGAUGAGCUUAAGGGUAUGAUGCAGCAGAUGUUGAUGAACCAGCAGAAGUCCACUGCGGAGACACACUUGAAGAUAGACACCAUGUACAACGAUCUGAAUGGGAAGUACGAAGCUGUGUGGACUCACGUGAAGAAGCUGGAUGUCCAAUGGAAGGAAGCUACAACCUGCUGUGAUUCCUCUGAAAAGGGCAGGCAAGGAGAAAGCCGACGAGAACCGGAAGAUGUGACUGAAGUCGAUCGAGCUGGUGAUGACGCUCGUCGUCUCAGAACCCAUUCUGACCUACCUACUCCUGCAGCUGCAGAGACUGCUCCAGCCAGAGCUUACACACCUAAGAUGAUUCCUGCUCUGAAGAAGUACAUGAAGGAGCUGAUAUCUGGGAAAGUAGCUGAGGAUGAGAACGUCAUGCUAGUGUCGGAGGAGUGCAGCGCUGUGCUGCAGAACAAGAUCGACAAGUUCCCAGUCGGUAUACUUGAGGAUCUACAUGUGCAGAUAGGGAACACACUCAUUCCAGCAGACUUUGUAGUCCUCGAGCUCGACGAAGAGCCUAAGGAUCCGCUCAUCCUAGGGCGAAACUUCCUAUGCACAGCUGGUGCAAUCAUUGACGUGAAGGGAGGAAUCAUUGAUCUCCAUCUGGGAGAUAUCGUCAUGAGGUUCGAGAUGAACAAACUCCUCAAGAAGCCAAUGUUAGAUGGGCAAACUUAUGUGAUUGAAGAUGGCUCAAACUUGGUGGACGAAGUGAGUGAGGAGAUGCUUCUUGACGACCCUCUGGAGGUAGCUUUGACUAAAGCUGAAGGCGAGUAUGAUUUCCUGAAUGAGGAAGCCGAUGGCUUCGGGAAAUGA